AUGCCGCUGCGUUUGGAUAUUAAGAAGAAAAUGAACGCUCGGUCGGACCGAGUGAAGUCAGUCGACUUCCACCCCAGUCCGGACCUUCCCUGGGUACUGAGCGCUAUGUAUUCUGGUAACCUUUAUAUAUGGGACUACAAGACUCAGGCUUUGGUCAAGCAGGUUGAGGUUUCAGCGCCUUUGCCGGUCCGAUGCGCCAAGUUUAUCCCUAGGAAACAAUGGAUAAUCGCGGGAUCUGAUGAUAUGAACCUUCGCGUUUACAAUCAAAACACAUUGGAGAAAAUCAAGACCAUCGAAGCCCAUGGGGACUACAUUCGAUACAUCGCGGUGCACUCUACUCUGCCUUAUGUCAUUUCCUGUUCUGAUGAUAUGACCAUCAAGCUAUGGGAUUGGGAUAAGGACUGGGCGUGUACUGCCACUUACGAGGGACAUGCUCACUAUGUUAUGAUGGUACAGUGGAAUCCUAAGGAUAUGAAUAUCUUCGCCUCGGCUAGUUUGGAUCGAUCUAUCAAGGUGUGGGGAGUAACUAGUGGUUCUACUGCACCCCACUUCUCGUUGACUGGCCAUACGAGAGGAGUCAACUGUAUUGAAUACAGUCCUUCCAAGGAUAAGCCGUACCUGGUGUCGGGAGGCGAUGACAAGACGGUCCGUGUUUGGGACUAUCAGACGAGGCAAUGCCUGCAGGUCCUUAGCGGCCAUACUGCCAACAUUUCCUCGGUCCUCUUCCAUCCGACUCUGCCUGUUAUCCUGUCAGGCAGCGAGGAUGGCACUUGCAGGAUCUGGCAUGCCACGACUUACCGCUUGGAGACGACAUUGAACUACCUCCUGGAAAGACUAUGGAGCGUUGCGUGCCUUCCUGGUACGAACGAUGUUGCCUUGGGCUUCGAUGAAGGAACGAUGGUCAUCCAGCUGGGGUCGGAGGAGCCUGUUGUGUCUAUGCAUGCUGGUGGGAAGAUCGUCUGGGCUAGAGGGAAUGAGAUACAUACUGCUAACCUGAGGCAGGUGGAUGACCACGUCCUUGAUACGUUGGGUGAUGGGGAGAUGGUGCCUCUGUCAGUGAAGGACAUGGGAUCGACUGAGAUAUUCCCACAGACCAUAUCUCAUCAUCCUAAUGGGAGGUUGUUCGCUGUAUGCGGUGAUGAUGAAUGGAUAGUCUUCACUGCACAGGCUCUGCGAAACAAGGCGUUUGGUAGCGGGUGCGAAUUCGUGUGGUCGGCCAGUGGAGCGGCAUCGGGCACGUAUUAUGCCACGAGGGAAGCUUCUGGUAGGAUUACCAUCUAUAAGGAUUUUGUGGAGGAGACGUCUUUCAAGCCACCAUUCCCUGUUGAUGAGAUUUUUGGAGGUUAUUUGCUGUGUGUGAAGACCUCUGACUUUAUCUGCUUCUACGAGUGGAGUAGCAGUAGACUGAUCAGAAGGAUCGACGUUGUCCCUACUGCUGUCAUCUGGAGUGACUCUGGUGACUUUGUGGUUUUGGCCACUGAGGAUGAUGGUGCUUUCGUACUACACUAUGAUAAGGACUCAGUGGUAGCGGCGAUAGCAGGAGGAGCGAACAUUGAUGAGGAGGGUCUGGAAAUAGCCUUUGAGCCCACUUAUGAGUUGCCAAAUGAGAAGGUCAUGUCUGGUACGUGGUGUGGCAAUGACUCCUUCGUCUACAUCUCAUCGAACCAGAAGUUGUGCUGCCUUGUGGCAGGUCAGACUGAGGUCAUUGCUCACACUGAUAGGCCCCUGUAUGUGUUGGGGUAUAUGCCGGAGCAUGGGAAGGUGUAUUGUAUGGACAGGGACUACAACGUCAUUUCGUUCGGGUUGAGCCUGGCGUUGAUCCAAUAUGAAAGUGCCGUAGUAAGGCAAGACUUUGGUGCUGCCGAGCAGUGUUUCGCAGCCAUCCCGAAGGCUCUACACAACAAGGUGGCUCGUUUCCUCGAGGGCCAGGGGCAUGUCAGAGAGGCCCUUGAGAUCACUACCGAUAAGGAUCAUAAGUUGGACCUGGCCUUGAAUCUCGGUGACUUACAGAUGGCUGGAGAGAUUGUGGGGGAAACAGUCAAUUACUCUAAGUGGAAGCAAGUUGGUGAUCAGGCUCUAAAGCAGGGUGAUAUCGACUUGGCGACUACUUGUUAUUCACAAGGCUGUGACGUCACCGGCCUCAUGCUCAUUGCCCAAGCUACUGGGGAUCGGUCUCUACUGGAGAAGGUAGCUUCUAUGGCUAAGGAGAAAGAGAUGUGGAAUGUGGCGUUUUCUGCGUUUUUGCUCCUGGGUGAUGCCGAGAGAUGUGUGGAUACGCUUGUGGACUCCAACAGGCUGCCGGAGGCUGUCUUCUUCGCUAGAACAUAUUGCCCAUCCAAGUUGGUGAAUAAGGAUAGCGAGCUGUUCGAGAGCUGGCGGAAGGAUCUUACGAGCGUGAAUGCACAGUUGGCAUCCAGCCUUGCUGAUCCCCGUGAUGAGAGUUACCAGGAUAAGCUUUUCGCGGAGAUGAGCAACACACUGGCGGCUGAGAGGAAAAGGGAGGGGUCCAAGGCAGCUAUCACCGCUGUCCCGGCGGAUCGUUAUACAGAGGAUAAGAAUUUGCUGGAUGUCGAUGUAACGGUGGAGAUGUCACAGAAUGAACAAAGCCUGUAUGCUAAGAUGGGCUGGACUGGCUCUGUUGCGCCGUCGGGCCUGCUGCCUGAGACGGAUAGCUCUCCUUCGGAACGAGAGGUUGUUCAUGCUCCAGCGGUCGACACACAUGUUCAUGAGUCCUCCCCGCCUGCGGCUGCCACUGCGGACUCUGAGAGUGUGUCUUCGCCAGGGACGGACGGCGUGCUGGUCGAGUCGGACAAUCAUCAGUACCAAGAAUCAUCGUUUCACAUUGAAGUGCGUUCGGAGCUCGCUGAGUUCACCGAGCUGAAACUGGUGUAG